UCUUCUCUCCUGCUUUUGAAAGACACCAAGAAGCUGCGCGUUGAGAUGGGAGAAUUUUGCGGCGAAUUGGACGUACUACGAGCGCAUUUGGAAUGUGGGGACGCCCUCCACGCUCUGUGCCUAAUACUUGAGACGGGAAUUUCGUUUCUAGCGCUGGCCACGCUCCAUCUGGAUGAUGCGGAUUUCGGCAAUCGCCUUUGGGUGCUCUACCCGCGGCCGAGACGUCGCUGGAAAUGCACGCGGACGAGCCUGUUCGAUCCUGGCUUCUUCCCGCUACGAUGCCGCUGGCCAUGCGAUCGGCCAAGGGAUUCAGAUAAUGCGAGUUCUUCCGGCUAUUGGACAGCCGGCCGGGGCCGAGCCGUAAUCGAGGGCAAGCGUGUGGCUACCCUGUCCUCGCCCUCGAUCCUCAUUCCCCAGAAUGGUCAUCUACAGAUCCACAUUUUGUCGAGCGAAUCCUCGCAAAUCUCGAUCCUGACGACGACGGGGCUCGACGAGGAGCUGAUCUGGGUGCAGGACGGGAAAUUCGCGGGUCCUGGAUGGAAUUCGGUGCGCAUCCCGUUACGCGUGACCCCACUUCCGGUCCGCGUCCUCAUCCGCGUCAAAACUUCGCCAAGCGGUCGGCUGGCCGUCACGAAUACGCGACUUGUCGACGCUGGCGGAAAAGAGCUGGGUUGCGCCACGGCUGCAGCCUUGACAUGCUAUAACGGUCAUAAAAUCCUAAACGGCGGCUCGACGGGCGAGACGACGGAGGACUGCGGCUCGGGGGCGUUCUGCUACAAUAUGUCGGCCCAGGUGGCCGUGUUCGUCGACUUGAUGAAGGCGGGGUGCUCGCGGUGGCGCUGUAUGCUCGCCCAAGACUCAUGCAUCGGGAUGAAUUUCCAAGGAAUUCCGGUCCAUUUCUGCUGCUGCUCCACGGAUCGGUGCAACGUGGGCGCGUAUUCGCAUAUGGCAGGCCACAACUGGAACAACAACAACAACGGCCCGGGCGGAGCCAACUGGAACAACAACAAUAAUGACAACAACAAUGGAGUCGGUUCUGGAAAUUGGAAUGGCAACGGCAACAAUAAUAAUAAUAAUAACAAUGACAACACUGGAGGCCAGGGCGCGAACUGGGGGACUCGAGACAGCGACGCCAGCAGCGGGUUCAACUUCAAGGAUCGAUCCGGCGAUGGACAGACCAAGUCGAUGCAAAGAAGCCCUUCUCGCGAAGACGUCGAAAAAGCCUUCAAGAUGCACAUCGACAGCCCGACAGAGGCACCGCGAGGAGGUUUUGGCGGCGAAGAGCCCAUCCAGAAGAUUGACGUACGCAAGACGACGCCCCGCCCCAUGAGAACCCAAUCCGGGGCCGAGGUCGAGCUCAAAAUC